GACUUGGCCUGGGUGCGUCCCUCCACCCUGGAGGGUGACCCCACGCAGGCGCUGCUGUUCCCAGGCCGGUGAAGCCAAGCCUUGCCCCAGCAGGGACCCUCCUGGCACACAGCACUUCUCCUUCGACUCAGCAAGGUGUGACCCUGAGCAGAAGCCGAGAUGGGGAAAAAGCUGGAUCUCUCCAAGCUAACGGACGAAGAGGCCAGGCACGUCUGGGAAGUCAUCCAGCGGGACUUUGAUCUUCGAAGGAAAGAGGAAGAACGACUAGAGGGCUUGAAGGGCCAGGUGAGGAAGGAGAACUCCAAAAGGGAGCUGCUGUCUGACUCUGCGCACCUGAACGAGACCCACUGUGCACACUGCCUGCAGCCCUACCGGCUCCUGGGCCACAGCCGGAGGCAGUGCCUGGACUGCAGCCUGUCCACCUGCGGGGGCUGCGGCAGCGCCCACCCCACUGGCCAUGGCUGGCUGUGCGACCCCUGCCACCGGGCCAGGGUGGUGAAGACCAGCUCCCUGGAGUGGUUCUAUGAGCACACGCGGGCUCGCUUCAAGCGCUUCGGGAGUGCCAAGGUGGUCCGGUCUCUCUCCGGGAGGCUGCAGGCUGCAGGGCCUGAGCAGACCCCUGGUGAGAGCAGUGGAGACAGUGAGCAGACUGAUGAGGAUGGAGAGCUGGACGUGGCAGCCCUGGCCCAGCCCAGUGGCAGCAAUAAGAAGCGUCUGCUCGCCUUCCACCACCUGGACCUGGACCACGACUCAGAGGAGCUCCCUCAGAGCUCCCACCACUCCCCAAACCUGUCCACCACCCCAGGAACCACAGGCAGCCUGCAGUCCCUGACAGAUGACCCGUGUGUAGAGACAGCCAGCUCACAGUACACCGUGGUGGCGGAGGAGGAGGACCCAGGGCCUGUCGAGCCCCCACCCUGCCCAGGACAGCGCAUGGUCAGUCCUGCACCAGCCAGACCACAGGCCCUCACUGAGUUCUGCCUGGCUGCGGACACCUGCAGGACAGCCCUGGAGGGGGCUGCUACACCCGGCGUCAUCAGGGGAGACCAGCCCCCAGCCCAGUCCCUGGACGAUGUGGACACCUCGGACGAGGACUCCGUCGGGGCCCAUGAGAUGCCUUGCCCCCACGGAAAACGGGACAGCCAGGCUGCGUACGAGAGUCAGCCCCUCAUAGCUGGUGAACCCAUGGACGCUGACCUGGAAGAAGAGGUGCUGAGGAGGAAGCUGGAGGCACUGACCAGCCAUGUCAGUGACCAAAGCACCUCGUCUGAGGAAGAGGAGGGCCAGGCCUGGGCAUCAACGGUGUCAGACAGAAGCACCUCCAUCAGGGGACUCCCGGGCACCCCCCCGAAGGUGUGUGCAGAUGCAGGAGUGAUGGACAGAUGGGAGACAGACCUGCAAGGUCCCCAGGAUCACGUCCCACCUGCCAAGAUGACAGACAAGGAGCUGUCGGAGCUGGAGGACCGAGUGGCCGUGACGGCCUCCCAAGUCCAGCAGGCUGAAAGCGAGGUUUCCGAUAUUGAGUCCAGGAUCGCAGCCCUGAGGGCCGCGGGGCUCACAGUGAGACGCCCCGAAAAGCCCCGGAGGAAGUCCAACAUCCCGAUAUUCCUUCCAAGACUUGCUGGGAGGGCAGGCCAGACCCCCAAGCACCCCAAUCCAGAGUCUCCAGGCGAAGAGGUCAAGGUCACGGAGAUGCCGCACCUUCUGAAGAGGAAGUUCGGUCAGCCCCCGAGAAGCCUAGGCAGCAGUGCAGAAGCAUUUGACCGGAAGUCGGUGUACCGAGGCUCCCUGACGCAGAGAAACCCUAACGGGAGGAAGGGGACCGCCGCCGGCCUGGUCUUCGCGGCCAGCUAUCCCUGGGAGGAGGUGGGAUGUCUCGGAUCCAAGAAAGGGGACAGUCCCAAGACCCCCAGGGCACCACCACCCCUCACCAAGCAGCGGACUCCUGUGUGAGAAUGACUGAACUGGGGGCUGUGGAGUCCCGGAGGAGCUCUGCAGAUACCACCCAGAGGACAAGGGCACUGGGCAAGGCUGUGUCUGUGUGAAUGCACUCAUGGUACCUGCAUGUGCACUUACAUGUGUAUGUCUGUGUACACACCCAUGUGUCCACACAAGUAUAUAUCAGUACAUAAGUAUAUAUCAGUACACAUGUGCAUUUAUCAAUUUUGUACUGCUUUUGUCUGAAUACACUCCUGCAUGUGCCUGCUCCUGUGUGCACACAUGUGCAUGACUAUAUGUGCACUAGCGUGUGUAUCUGUGUGCAUGCCCACAUGAGUGUAGCUGUGUGUUCUCCUGUGCAUGUACCUGUGUGCACAGUCACGUGUGUCUCUAAGUGCACCCUGGCAUGGGUCUGCGUGUUCAAAUUUGUGCCUAGUGUGCACUCGCAUGUGCAUGUAUGUUGCACACCUAUAGGUGUUUAUCUGCGUUUACGAUCAUGUGUGUGCACGCACCAUGUGCCUUGUGUGCACCUGUGUUUGUGUAGGCAUGCACACUCAUGUACAUGUGUGUGAAUACCGAUACAUGUUUCUACAUGUUUAUAAUCGUCUGUAUGUCGUGUGUGUGUGCCAUGUGUGUGCUCCUGUGUUUGUGUCGGCAUGCACCCUCAUGUACGUGUGUGUACAACUACAUGGUUAUCCGUGUUUAUGAUCGUGUGUGCUUGCGUGUUGUGAGCAUGCACACUCAUGUGCGCAUUAUUUCACAGAAGCCUGUGAUGACCCACCAGCCCUGAAGGAGAGGCUCACGGGGACAAGACAAUGCAACAAAGAUGCCCCUGCCACCCACCCCCAUCCCCAUCUGUUCUCCCUCCAGGAUGGAAAGAGAAACUCCACCCCGAUGGACACCCCCUGAGGGAUGCCCACAACACUCAGACCUCCAGCUCCCUCGGCUCCUCUAGCCGGCCUGCCCCCUGGGACCCCCAGGACCUCCUCCCACUGCACUGCCUGGCGUGGCCUUCAUGAAUUUGACAGGCCAGGGCAGCCCAGUCAAGGCCCCCGUGGGUCUAUCAUGACCGUGCCCACCAGAGGGGCAUCUGGAUAGUGCCCUUAGGGAGGAAAGCUGGGCACCAAGUCAAAGGCCUGAGAGCUAUCUAACAAGGGGCACAGACACCCUCGGGCCUCACACCUGUGCUCACAGCACAGGGGAAAGCACCCCUUCCAGGGCAGAGCGCCCCAGGCUGCAGGGAGCACCGAGGGGGGCAGUCAGGUGGAGGCAGAUGAGAGCUCCCGAUGGCAGGCAGGCCCUUGGGGACCCUGGAAAAGACCCAGGACCAGGGGAACCCAGGACUAGUGUGUGAUGCCGGCAUGAGGGGAACCAGCAGACCCCGUCCUCAGAGCUAUAGACUCCCUCUGGUCCUAGCCGCCUCAGACGGAUGGGUGCCACACAGCUCGCCUGGUUCCCAGGGCUGACAGAAGCUCCCCAGAGCUGCUUUCAGACCCCCACCCAGUCACCUCAACUCACCUAGGCACACCUGCUGUGCCUCACCUGGAGUCACUGGCUCAGUCCACCUGUCUGCCGUUUUGCACAGGAGGGUGCUGAGGGUGACGCAGCAGCUGCUCCCAGGUGACCAACUGGAGUCGGGCGGCAUCUUGCUGUUCCUCCGGGCCUUCCCACAAGUCCCUGGUGGCAGGAGUGGUUAUGUGCUCGAUUACAAACUGCAAGGCUGGCGGUUCAAACCCACCCAGAGGUACUUUGGGAGGCAAACCUGGCAACCUGGUUCCAACAGGUCCCAGCCUAUAACCCUGUGAGCCCAGCUCUGAUCCACACCUGGGGCUGCCAUGAGCCGGAACCAACACGGUGCGGGCUUUGUCUGUACUUUGUUUCUAAAGUGGUUUUGGGAUCGGCUCCAGCUCUUCUUGCUCAAACCAGUCAGUCUUUUGCUUGUUUGUUUGUUUGCUUGUUUGUUUGUUUGUUUGUUUGUUUGACGUGACAGUUUUGUUUAACGAAAUGACAAUCAGCUUUGCCAAUAAAACUUCGUUGGGGCCACCUGCUGACCAGAGCCCAGCAUGUGGACCUGAUUACUCCCUCGGGAACUUCUGGACAAGUUCCUGGGUCACAGCCUAGGGACGGUCCCCCCCUCCCCCCCGCAACAGAGCCAAACGCAAGUACGGCUUGGCGAGGUGUGCACUGGUUUAUGCCAAUGCCUGGGCCCCGGGUGCUCGCCUUCUCACUGGAUGGACAGACGGCGCUCCCACUCAGUGCUCGGUACGAAAAUUAAAAGGCUCCAAGACAAA